GUGAUUCCCCUGAAUUCUUUCAAAUGAGUAUUACAAAAUAAAGUUGUAUUUCUGUUAUAAACUUGGCACGACUAUGGGUUCUAUACAUGAAAAUGAACCAGAUUCAACAGUCUACGAAUCAAGGGUGUCGUAUUUUAUGCUUCUAGAAGAAAAACAGCGAGCACUUAAUAAAAAAGCAUUACUUCACAGGUUGGUAUACAUCGCAAAAUUGUCCCCAGAACUGUUGGAUAAACGAGAUCUUGGGUAUUAUUAUGAAGAACUAUUCAAAGAGUUACAGAAUACACACCAAGCUGAAGGGGUAUCAGGAAUUCUCCUCAUAUAUCCUGGAUAUGCAGUACAUUUUAUUGAAUCGUCAUCUGAUAUGAUCUACUCAAUACUGAGGGAUAUGGAUAAGCUUGUGUCGCAGGGAAAUACAUUAAUUACAGAUCCUAAAAUACUCACACUGAGUCAUGAUGUCCCAACAAGAUUAUACCAAGCUUGGAGUUACAGAGUUCUUAAUAUAACAUCGGGCAGGGAGGAAUAUGAGGGCAAAGAAGGAGUUGAUGAAUUGGUUGUUGAAGCCGUCACCUCCCUUCUUAAACUUGGAAUGUUCAUUCUUAAGUCACCAAAACUUAAUGUAACAAGUGCUAUGGACACUUUACAUGAAACUGUUCCUGAUCUCCUUAUCCCACAAGACCAACUUGCUUUCCUCAUAAAACGACCAGAGCUUGACUCUCCAGCUGCAUUUCUUAAACUAUUUGACCAACCAGUGGAUAUAGCAUUGGAUAACGAGCUAAUGUGGCCACUUGAAGAAAAUAUUGCAGUCAAUUUAAAAUAGGGUUUAUUACACAGAAGAUACAUAGCUUCUCAACUGUUGAUUUUAUAUAAAAAUCCUAAAAAAUAGGGAUUGUUUUCUGUUGCAUUUAUAUGAUUGAACUUCCAUAUAUAUGUACUGCAUUACUGAAGUAGUUGGGUAAUACAUUUUUUCUGUGACACUUGU